GACUGGAGAAAUGGCGGGUGUUUGCAGCGAUACAAUGGAUGAUUUGGAGGAUGGAGAGAUUUCUGGAUCAAACUCUGAUUCAGAAAUGGGAUCCACAGUUGAUGUUAAACCCCAGAUGCCUGCAGCAGCUCCUACUUUCAGUGGCCAGUCUUUCCAGAGCAGGGCCCUUCCACAGACAGCCCCGUCAGCCACAAGCUACCGCAGCACCAUGAGAACCGCAGACUCCAGCGAAAGCGAACCAGACUCUGAUGAGGACGCAGCGGUGUGGAGGCGGAAGCGGCAGAAGUGCUCCAACGCUCCCCAACCUGCGCCGGUCCCCACUCCCCGCUUCGUAGCCCCCCAGGCUAACCCGGGUGCACCAGGCGGCCGCAAAGUCAACAACAUCUGGGGCUCUGUGGUUCAGGAGCAGACCCAGCAGGCAGUGGAAGCUGAGCUGGAUUUCCUUGGUGUGGAUGGUGCCAUUAGCAUGGCCAGCAGGCAGGUGGAGACCUACAACUACGUCCUGGCCCGCAAGCUCAUGGAGAAGGAGAGGGAGGAACAGGAGCCGGGCGAGGUAGCCAUGUUGGACACUCAGCUGGAUGAGUACAUGAAGCGCGGCGGGCCGGCCGCCGAAGAGAAUGGAGGCGGCCAUUUUAAGAGGAAGCGAUCGGCCAAAGAGAGGCUGGGCCCCAGGGCUGAGAUGGACAUCAAGGGCCGGUAUGAGAUCACAGAGGAAGACCCAGACGACAGGGUGAUUGAAGAGAUAGCCCACAGGCUACAAGAGCCCAAAAAGGAAUUGAUUGAGCGAGUAGUGAGAGUCAUUGGGAAGAAGAAAGCAAUUGAACUGCUUGGAGAGACUGCCACACUUGAGGAGACUGGUGGUGUGUACACUAUGGAUGGCAGCAGGCGACGGACUCCUGGAGGGGUGUAUCUCAACUUGCUGAAGAACACUCCCAGUAUCACUAGUGAGCACCUCAAGGAAAUAUUUUACAACGAAAUCCAGAAGGACUACAAGGGCAAGAAGUCAGCGCAGAAGCGAAGGCGACACGUUGUCGCCAAGAAGAUGAAGCAGGCCAUCAACACGCUGAACCUGCAGGAACACGACGAUGUCUCCAGAGAAACGUUCGCCAGCGACACCAACGAGGCCUUGGAGUCUCUAGAGGUGGUUGCCGAAGAGGAGGGCCAACAGGAACCGGAGCCAGAGCCAGAACCUGCCAUGGGCACUGAGGACACACCCGUAGUCUACAACGCUGCUGACCUGGAGGUCUUUUGAUUCAAAAUGACAGCCCAGUGUCUGAACUUGUGCACUUCCCAAUGAGGACGUCCCACAAGGUUGUGGCAUCCACUGUGACAGAAGGACGCUGCUCAGACACAAAAUGGUGAAUGCACUGUAAAUUACUGUCCACGACAGCGCUAUGUAAUACUAGACCUUCAUCCUCAUGUUAGUCUAACAAAUUAAGUUUUCCUCUUUAUCUGUCAGUUGAAGACCAAAGUUUGCAUCAGGAUUUGUUCGCGUUAGCAAUGUGCUUACAGAGCAGCUAGUUACUAACCACAUAUACCACCUGACUGCUAAUUUCAACAACAGAAAAUGUUUUUCUCCAUAAAUGGAUACCAACCCCUCAUAUUUGCGUCCUGGAAAGCAUAAGAUUUAGUUUGGCUUCUUUACUAAUGCUCUGUUUGUCCACAAUAAAGAUGUAAGGUGAAAAUA